AUGGUGCAUGUUAUGCCUCCUACAACUACUGAGGAGCCAUCGGUCCCCCAGUUCCAGUCAAAUGAAGCACGUCGUGAAUCACGAGACGAUUAUUUCUCGGAUGAACUCGAAGGUGAAGAUAGAACUUCACUUGUUGACGGCGUAGCCUACCUCUCUCUAUGCGCUUCAGGAACUACCGAUACGACCCCCGAACCCUACUAUGUUGGUUCUAGCUCUGGCGCUACCAUUGCUCGCAUCAUACAAUCUUCAAUCUUUCGGAGUUCUGGCAAGAGAGCAGCCGGCCAGCAUGCUAACCAGACGACUCAAACUCCCACGGCUGCGAGACCACCUCCACCUCCUGAGUCUGCGCAUUCGGAUGACCAUAUCAUCGAUUUCCCCGAGCGACAGCAGGCACGAGUGCUUUUUGAUGUUUUCUUCGAACGGAUACAUACACGUUGGCCAUUACUAGACCGCGUGGUCUAUACAAAACUCUUCGAGAAGCAGUAUGUUCAAGGUGCUCUGUCUAUCAUUGAGCGCAGUAUCUUUCAUCUCAUGUACGCCAUUACAGCUCGCUUCCUGUCAUUGACACAGAAGCCAUGUGGGGUGGAUUCUGAUAGUCACCUUACUGCCGCGACAGAACCAAUGGAUUACAUAUUAGCUCAGCACAACCUCGCAACUGUUCAAUUUCUCAUACUGCUUGGAGUACAUGGACAGCGGUCUCCAUACGGAGCAGGCGCCUGGUCUCAGAUCCGAUAUGCGACGUCCGUCUGCAUAGAGAUGGGCUUGCACAGAAAGAGAAGUGUAUUGUACUCCCCUGAACAAGCGAGAGAUGCUGAGAUUCGACGUCGAGCGUUUUGGUCGUGUUACUGUCUCGACCGAGUGACUAGUAUCGUGCUUGGCCGCGCAUUUGCCAUUGCUGAUCGGGACAUUAAUGUCGAGCUCCCCAGCACGAGCCCUGAAUUCUGGACUCUAACACACCAAGAAGCCCCCGAAGCCCACAAAACCCAAUGGUCCAACAUCGAGCCCUUCAUCCACAUCAUCAAGCUCGACCAAAUCCAAUCCCGAAUCCACAAAACAGUCUUCCGCGUCGACCGCGACGUCUUCGCCGGAACCUUCGAACAGCGCGCCAAACUCGACCAAAAAAUGACUUCCAUCCGCAACGACCUCGACACCUGGCUCCGCACCUGCCCGCAAACCCCCAAAAAAGAAAACAAGAUAACCUGGAUGUACGACCCGGAAAGCGCUUACCUCGACGCCCGCGACUUCUACGGCGUCCAAUACCACAAAGCAAUGCUCUUCCUCUUCACCGUCUUCUUACCCACCCUCGAUACGUCAGACACUCGCUUCAUCACGUGUGCCCGCUCCGCUGCCUGCGCCUGCAAUGCGUACAAGCGACUCAGCCAGAACAGAACGCUGACUUACACCAUGAUAUCGCUGCACUCGUGCUUCGUAGCCGGUCUAACACUCGUAUAUUGCAUCUGGCGCGACCGCACCUUGUUCUCCUACGACGUCCUCGAAGCGACUCGCGCAUGCUCACAGAUCUUGACUAUCUUCGGUGAGAAGUGGCCCGGCGCAGUCAAGUAUCGUGAUAUUUUCGAUGCGUUAUCGGGUAGUCUUUUUAAGACUGUUGUUAAUGCUACGAAUGCGCUCAGAACGAACGGCGCGAGACCACUGCAGCUGGAUGUUGAUGCGGAGCCGAGCUUGCAGGGGCUGGGGCAACAACGGAAGGGGUAUGAGGAGGUGGCAGAAGGGAGGAGGGGGAGUAAACAGACACUCUCACACAUGGUUACCGAUGCGGUUAAAGAGGCGUUUAUGGAGGUUGACGAGGAGGCGCCGGGGGGUUGGCAGGGUUGGAGGAUGUGGAAUGAGAUGGUGAGGGAUGAGGAGGCGCAGAUGCAGAAUGUGGAGGUGAGUUGGACGGCGGAAGAGGGCCCUGGGUUUUAUGGCGUGGAUCCCAUUCAGGAUGCUGCGAUGCAGACGGAUGGGGAGGGGAUGGUGGAUAUGAGUCAGUGGAGUUUUGGGGGGUAUAGGUGA